UUUUAAGGCAAAACAUACAUGUCAGUCUCAAAAUGUGUAGUUUUGGACAACUUUUUACAUCGUUGAAUAUAAUUUUGAUCAUUUUGGAACUGAAAAUAAUCGGAGUUUCGAGCAAAUUGUCAGCAACAGAAGUCGAAAAACAUUUAGAACAAGGCAAGAGAUUGCUUGCCAAUGGGCAGCUAAGUGAUGCUCUAGUACACUAUCAUGCAGCGGUUGAUGGUGAUCCUGACAAUUUUUUGACAUAUUUUAAAAGAGCAACAGUUUUUCUAGCAAUGGGUCGCUCAAAAGCUGCUUUACCUGAUCUAGACAGAGUCCUGGAACUAAGACCUGACUUUUUUCAGGCGCGGUUACAAAGAGGGAAUGUUUUACUUAAACAAGGAAGACUAGAUGAAGCACAUAUUGAUUAUGAAGCAGUGUUACAUAAAAACCCUGAUAAUGCCGAAGCACUGCAGCAGUUGAACAUUAUAGAACCAAUCAGAAAAGAUGUCUCUGAGGCAAGAAAUGCAAUAAAUAUGGGAGACUAUCCACUUGCUAUAGAGUUCUUGGGAAGAGCAAUAGAGGUGGCUCCAUGGGAUACUGAACUAAGAAUAAUGAGAGCUGACUGCCAUGAAAACUUGGGGGACUACAUCAAUGCAAUUUCAGACAUUAAGCCAACCACUAAACUUAUCCCAGACAAUACAGCAGCAUAUCUUAGACUCAGUGAGUUACAUUAUGGAAUGGGAGAAUUGGAGGAUGCACUGAGGGAAAUUCGUGAGUGCCUUAAGCUUGAUCCUGAUCACAAAGAUUGUUUUCCUUUUUACAAGAAAUUAAAAAAAUUGAAUAAACAGAUGCAAGCAGCUCAAGAUUUGAUCAACAGAGGAGAAUAUGAAGAAGCAAUAUCCAAACUUAAACAAGCUCUCAAAACAGAAUCUAAAAUCCGUUCACUAGCAGGCAAGGCAAGACGUCAGCUAUGCCACUGUCACGUCAAGCUUCAUAAUCCCAACGAUGCCAUUACUGAAUGUAACGAGGCGUUGAAGAUUGAUGAGAACGACGUCGAUGCGUUGUGCGACAGGGCAGAGGCACAUAUACUAAAUGAGAUGUAUGAUGAAGCUGUAAAUGAUUAUCAGAAGGCAAAAAGUAUCAACGAACACUUACACAAGGUUCAAGAAGGACUCGACAGAGCACAGAAAUUACUCAAACAAUCAAAGAAACGAGACUAUUACAAAAUCCUCGGAUUGAAAAGAAAAACGUGCAAAAUACGACAAUGGUGAAGACCCGUUAGACCCUGAACAGCAAGGUGGGGGUCAUCAACACUGGCAACAAGGCGGAUUUCCUUUCGGUGGGGGGUUUGGAGAAGGUUUUCAGUUCAAAUUUCAUUUCAACUAAAACAGCAUCCUGGCGCUUUGUGGGUAAAAAUAAUAGAUCUAUCCUUAAGCUGACUGUGGAAUCCAUGUUGUACAGAGAUACCAGGAGGAAAAACAUUUCGAACUGGAAGAAUUACUAUUUAUGGCAAUUAUAAUUAUUAUAAUUGUACACAAUUGUAAUAAUUAUAAUAAUCUUAGGGUAAGUUCCACUUGCUUCGUUGUGAGUGAAGACAAAAUCUGUGAAUGAAACACGUACUUUGAUGUGAUCUGCCAAAGUUAACGUUCUGGCUCCGGUUGUUCAAAGGGCGGAUAACGCUAUCCAACGGAUAACGCUCUCCAGCGGAUAACGCUAUCCAGCGGA